CAUGGAGUAGAGAGCGAUGGGGCUCUAGCGGGGCCACCCCUCGGUAUCAGAAGCGACUUUUUACGCACAACUGGAACCGGAGUCGUCGGUGAAAACCUGCGCCCUAGCGCCUAGAACCGGAGAGUGUGUGUUUGUGCGUGACACUUGUGUGUCCGUGUGAGUGUGUGAGUGUGUGUUUGGGUAGAGGGGGGGGGGACGCGAGGAGGAGAAGAGCUACAUUCGGAGACUAAAGUGUCUGUGUCGGCGGCUGUGAAGGCGAUGGCUUGCUGAAGCUCCAGGGCAGAGAUCCAGGAGGACUCUUGGUGAUCCGGGCCCGGCCGAGGAGGCUCCGGAGCGGGUGGGGAGGACCGGGGAGGACCGGGGAGGACCGAGGAGGACCGGGGCAGGAGGAGGAGGAAGGUGGAGAGGAGAAGCCCCAGAGCCGCAGCACAAAGGCGCAGGAGGAUCUAUGCGGACUCGGAGUCCGGACCCGAGGAGACAGAAUGAGGAGCGGGUCCGCAUGGAGGAAGCCUCACCCGAGGUGAAGCGACACCAUGACAGAAGACACACAACCCAACGAUGACAGCUACAUCGUGCGAGUGAAAGCGGUGGUGAUGACGCGGGACGACUCGAGCGGCGGCUGGCUGGCCCAGGACGGGGGGGCUCUGAGCCGGGUGGGGGUGUGCCGCCUCCUGCCGCCGGAGCUGGCCCCGGUGCCGACCUCCUGCAGCUCCCAGUUCCUCAUCCGGGGUGAGCGGCUCCGGGACAAACAGGUGAUCCUGGACUGUCCCCUGAGGAAGGACCUGGUGUACACCAUAGCAACGCCCACGUUCCAUCACUGGAGGGUGGAGGACAGGAAGUGCGGCCUGUCCUUCCAGGGUCCAGCCGACGCCAGGGCCUUCGACCGGGGGGUGCGGAAAGCCAUCGAGGACCUGGCAGAAGGCUCCACCACCUCCUCCACAGCACUGCAGAACGAGGGCGAGCUGGGGGACGACGACGUCUUCACCAACGCCACCGACAGCUCGUCCAACUCCUCCCAGAGACUGGACGGCUCGCUGCCGCCGCUCGAGUCCUCGCCGCGCCCGCAGAGACACAAGUGCGUGAUGGGACAUCGCCACGACCUCCACGACCCCUACCGGCUCUCAGACCACUACUUCAUGGACCAGCCGUUGUCUCGGCUUCCUCGCCACGUCACCUUCCAGGAGGACGAGGAAAUCGUCCGUAUCAACCCCCGGGAGCGCAGCUGGGAGCGCACCACCGAGCGCCACUAUGGACGCCAGUCGGAGCGCCCGUGGCUCAGGGGCUACGAGGACUACCGCCACGCCACCGUGCGGGACAAGUUCAUCCAGAUGGACGAGUCCGAGUCCUACGUCCACUUCGCCAAGACGGAGUCGCAGAAGCACGACUACACCUACCCGCUGGCGCCCGCCCUGUCGCCAUCAGACUCCGACCCUGCGCUCGGACCCUUGACCGAUAAGGGCCACGGCGGCUCGUACCGCCACGGCUUCUCCUCGGUUGUGUCCAACCAGCCGCGCUCUUUCCUCCCGAGCUCGUCCCCGUCCACCAACGGCGGGAAGGGUCGGAAGGAGGACGGGGGGGAGCGCUCCCAGUGCGAGCACUGCGGCGAGGCGUUCUACACCUCAGAGAACCGGAGGGGGCGGUGCCAGGACGCUCCGGACCCGGUGCGGGCGUGCGUCCGGCGGGUCAGCUGCAUGUGGCUGGCAGACACCAUGCUGUACCACUGCAUGUCCGACCCGGAGGGGGACUACUCGGACCCCUGCUCCUGUGACGGCGGCGAGGGCGGCGGGGGGGGGCGGUUCGGGACACGCUGGUUGGCUCUGCUGGGCUUGUCCCUGGUGGCGCCCUGCCUCUGCCUCUACCCGCCGCUCCACGCCUGCCACCGGGCGGGGCUGACCUGCGGCUGCUGCGGCGGCCGACACAAAGCCGUGAGCUGAGCCGCCGGGCGGGAAAACCUCUCGGAGGAAGCAACGCAAAACUAAACCCAACGCUAGCACA